AUGCUUGCCGACAGCGAGCUCUUCUCGUUGGAGAUGUCGAAGACCGAAGCCCCAACCCAGGCCUUCCGCAAGGCCAUCGGCGUGCGCAUAAAGGAGGAGACUGAGGUCAUCGAGGGAGAGGUCGUGGAGAUCCAGAUUGACCGCCCCGCCAUCGCCGAAGCAGCCUCUAAGACAAGUAAGCUGACCCUGAAGUCCACGAAGUUGGAGAUAGUGUACAACUUGGGGGCAAAGAUGAUCAAGGCGCUGGGGAAGGAGAAGGUGGUUGGCAGCAAAGUUGUGCUUCUUGAUCCUCGUUUCGUGGGCAAGAAGGUGGCCAAGGAGGUCAUCCAUGGUGAGUGGCUCGAGCCGGGUCGUGACGAAGGUGAUAAGGGGGUCGUAUUCGGGACCCAAAUCGGCGAUGAGGUACGGGAUGAACUCAUAAUCGUUGAGGGGCUGUUUGGUAGCAGUAAGAGUGGCGGACACUUGCUUGAUCCGCUGAAAAUAAUCUGUGAUGGAGGAGUUUCCCUUCUUGGCAGUAGCGAGCUCAUAAUGAAGACUCAUGGUACGAGCACGGGUGGUGGAAGUGAAGGUUUGGCCGAGAGAAGUCCAGAGUUCAUGGGCAGUGCGGCAACCGAGUAUUUGUGGAAGAAGAUCUUCAGAGAUGGUGGCUAUGAGCAUACUGAGAAUAAGUUGAUCCUGGCGGAAUCAGUGUAG